AUGAGGCCGAUUGAGUGUUCAAACAUUGAUCAGUCGUGGUUGAUCUCGUUGGUAAAAAUGCUGAACUCAGUGGAUCCAGGAUUUUUGUUUCUAGUCGUGUUGAUAGUGGUAUCGUACGGUCAGGAAAUAUAUCCUGACUCUAUAGAGUCAAGUGCAGAAGAAUCUUUUGGUGUUUUCGAAGACAAUAUCCUGCAGAAUGGUGAACCAGCUGGUUCAUUUUGGCAGGCUCCAAAGAAAAACGAGCAGCUUUCGCCAGCGUUCACAGACAAAUCAUUGUCAGGAAAUUGUACUGGAACAUCAGCAAUCGCGUGUACUGGUUGCCGCCGCGUGCGUGUAUGUAUUCCUGGAAUAAGAGACCCAUCGAUGUUGCCAGAAAUCAACUGUCCUCCGUCGACCUACUGCCAUACCCUAGCAUUUGAUAUGGGAGGCGCUUGUCUUGCUACAAUAGACCCACAGUUUCCAGAGUGUAGAGGAACCGCUGAUAACAGUAACAGCGGACAAGGAACGGGAAGUGAUUUAUGCACGGGAUUGGGAGUCUUUCCGGAUCCGUCAGACUGCCACCGUUUCAAUCUGUGUACGUCAAUUGGAGGUUUCGCUCGCAAGUAUAAGUGUCCAUCUAACUAUGUGUACAACUCCCAGAAGAAAUCCUGCAGCAAAAGUAGCCGUUGUCGCAAAAUACAGUGUCACCCAAACGUGGGAUCUAGCUUUGUCGGAUAUCCGCAGGAUCCCAAGUAUUACGCCUAUUGCAACUAUGAACGUAGUGGAUCACAACGUGUAUUGAAAAGUAUUGUUAUGUAUCGAUGUAGUGCAGGCUCAGAGUUCAAUGACUUAGCAAACGGCUGCGUAUUCAAGUGUCCUCGAGAAGGAUUUUUCCGUAAGCCCGGAUAUCCAUCGCGUUUCUAUUGGUGUCGCAAGGUACGAGGGAAUCUAUUCGGUUAUGAACAGGCUUGCCCGUGGCCGGGUUCCUCUUUUAAUCAUAAGCUAGGAAUUUGCAUACCACCACCGUUAACGACUACCAUGGCCCCCAUUACACCAAUUACAACUGCACCGACGGUUGCUACCGAUUCCUCAUCAACCUCAGCAACUACACAACCCGCUCCUACAACGACUCCAUUAGCAGAUUCACCACUGGUUUUACCUCCAUGGCCGCAGUUUUCUUCUCUGCCUGUAUCAUCACUAAUACAGUAA